AUGUCUCAAUAUUCCGAUAUCGAUCGUCUAGCUAUCAACACUAUCAGAUUGUUGUCUGUUGACCAAGUUGCAUCAGCCAACUCUGGUCACCCAGGUGCUCCAUUGGGUCUAGCCCCAGCAGCCCAUGUUGUGUGGAAGCAAAUGAGAUUGAACCCAAAGAACCCAGAAUGGAUCAACCGUGACAGAUUUGUUUUGUCUAACGGUCACGCAUGUGCAUUGUUGUACUCCUUGUUGCAUCUGUUUGGAUACGACUUCUCCAUUGAGGAUUUGAAGCAAUUCAGACACUUGGGCUCCAAGACUCCAGGUCACCCAGAAUUCGAAUUGCCAGGUGUCGAAGUGACUACUGGUCCAUUGGGUCAAGGUAUCUCUAACGCUGUUGGUUUGGCUAUUGCUCAGGCCAACUUUGCUGCCACUUACAACAAGCCAGACUUUGAAUUGUCUGACUCAUUCACAUACGUGUUUUUGGGUGACGGUUGUUUGCAAGAAGGUGUUUCAUCUGAAGCUUGUUCUUUGGCUGGCCAUUUGAAAUUGAAGAACUUGAUUGCCUUUUACGACGACAACAAGAUCACCAUCGAUGGUAACACCAACGUGUCUUUCGACGAAGAUGUUGGCAAGAGAUACGAGGCCUACGGCUGGGAAGUGUUGAGCGUCGAAAACGGUAACGACGAUCUGGACUCCAUCAGCAAGGCCUUGGAGCAAGCCAAGCGCUCCGACAAGCCAACUUUGAUCAAAUUGGUCACCACCAUCGGUUUCGGUUCCCUACAAGCCGGUACCCACGCCGUCCACGGUGCCCCAUUGAAGGCCGACGAUAUCAAGCAAUUGAAGACCAAGUUCGGCUUCAACCCUGAAGAAUCCUUCGUCGUCCCACAAGAAGUCUACGACCUAUACAACAAGUCCACCAUCGAACCUGGUAUCGAAGCCAACAACAAGUGGAACGCUCUAUUCGAGGCCUACUCCGCCAAGUUCCCAGAAUUGGGUGCCGAAAUCAAGAGAAGACUUGCAGGUGAAUUGCCAACUGGUUGGGAAAACAAGUUGCCAACUUACACUCCAAAGGACUCCGCCGUCGCUUCCAGAAAGUUGUCCGAGCUCCUAUUGCAAAACAUCUUCGAAGACAUUCCAGAAUUGAUUGGUGGUUCCGCCGAUUUGACCCCAUCUAACUUGACUAGAACCAAGGAAGUUGUCGACUUCCAAGCUCCCUCCUCCGGUCUAGGUGACUACACCGGUAGAUACAUCAGAUACGGUGUCCGUGAACACGGUAUGGGUGCCAUCAUGAACGGUAUCUCCGCUUUCGGUGCUAACUACAAGCCAUACGGUGGUACUUUCUUGAACUUCGUCUCUUACGCCGCUGGUGCCUUGAGAUUGUCCGCUUUGUCCGGUCACCCAGUCAUCUGGGUCGCCACUCACGACUCCAUCGGUCUAGGUGAAGAUGGUCCAACCCAUCAACCUAUCGAAACUUUGGCCCACUUCAGAGCUCUUCCAAACUUGCAAGUUUGGAGACCAGCUGACGGUAACGAAGUUUCCGCUGCUUACAAGGUCGCCUUGAAGAGCAAGCACACUCCAGCCGUCAUUGCUCUAUCUAGACAAAACUUGCCUCAAUUGGAAGGCUCUUCCAUCGAAAAGGCCGCCAAGGGUGGUUACGUCUUGCAAGACGUCGAACAACCAGACAUCGCCAUCGUCUCCACUGGUUCCGAAGUUGGUAUUGCCGUCGAAGCUGCUAAGGUUUUGGCUGAAAAGAACAUCAAGGCCCGUAUCGUCUCUCUACCAGACUUCCACACCUUUGACCAACAACCAAAGGAAUACCAAUUGUCCGUUCUACCAGAUGGUGUCCCAAUCUUGUCCGUCGAAGUCUUGUCCACUUCCGGUUGGGCUAAGUACUCUCACCAACAAUUCGGUUUGAACAGAUUCGGUGCCUCCGGUAAGGGUCCAGCCGUCUACGAGAAGUUCGAUUUCACUCCACAAGGUAUUGCUUCCAGAGCUGAAAAGACUGUUGAAUUCUACAAGGGUAAGCAAGUCUAUUCUCCUUUGAACACUGCUUUCUAA